UGCAGUUCAGCUGGAUUGUGACCCUUCAGUCCUGCAGAAUCUCUCAACCUGGACUCUGAGAUGCUGAGGUUCCUGCUGAUCACCUGCUUCUGUCAUCUCUUUGGAAAGCAGAACACAUUUCCAGUAGCAGAGGGUGUUCCUGUCAGGCUGGUGGGUGGGAACAGCUGCUGCUCUGGGAGAGUUGAGGUUCUUCAUGAUGGCCAGUGGGGGACAGUGUGUGAUGAUUCCUGGGACAUGAACGACGCCCAGGUUGUGUGCAGAGAGCUGGGCUGUGGCUCUGCUGUGUUGGCUCCAGGAGGUGCUCACUUUGGCCAAGGGGAUGGAACAAUCUGGCUGGAUGAUGUGGCAUGCAGUGGAUCAGAGACCUCACUGCACAGCUGUGGAUCACAAGGAUGGGGUAAAAAUGACUGUAACCACGGUGAAGAUGCUGGAGUGGUUUGCUCAGGUUAA